AGGGCGAAGUGGAGACUAGAAGGCAGGAGACCGAGUCAUGCGCUGACGACUGGAGGCACGAACAAGGAGAGCACAAGAGGAGGGCGUGCUCUAGGGACCACGGAUAGUUAUAUGCUCGGACUCUAUCCAUGACCCUCGUGCUGUGGUGGUUGUGACAUCGGUAUCCUCCCCUCCUGCCUGCGGGUUCAAGGCAUUCCAGGCAGAGCCCUUGUUGAGGUAUGACCUCCGCUACCUCCUUCACGCAUCGACAUGCGCCUGCCGUGGAGAUGUUACUCCCUGAGAACCCGGAGUCUCCCUCGAACCAGCCGCACCGCGCUGAAGACGUGCAUGUGCACAUGAACGGAAUGAAUCACAGCAGGUCAAAGGCUCAGCGGGACUCAGGGCACGAGGUGAGCAGGAGGCUCAAGGUUGCCAAGAUCCUCUCCUUCUCGAGCGGCGCCAGCAUGGUGGCCUGGAACAAGUUCUCGACUCUCUGGCUCCUCUCAGUCGGACUGACGCCAGCGCAAACUGGGGUGAUGAAAUCAGUCGGCCUGAUAGCUAAGGCGAUCUGCCAGCCUGCGUGGGCUGCGAUUGCGGACCUCAAGAUUCCCGCUAGGAUACACCCCUCCUUAGAGUCCGUGAGCAGUCACUUCACUGCAAUCUUGUCCACUGUCUUCUCGCUGGUGAUGAUGGAGGCGCU